ACAGCCUUCGGUUCCUAUAAGAGUUGGGUGCGAACGUCAACACAGGACACAGACUGCAGAGCUUCAGAGAUGAUGCCACUUUUCAUUUUUCUUGUGCUUCUCUGUGAAAUCUGUCAAGUGGCAGGCGAUGUAAAAAAGACCUCAGGUAUAAUGCAGGACACUGGGGUCAUAACAGCUGCAGUUGGGGACAAUGUGACUUUGCGAUGCGUUGCUCAAGAUGAGGUUGUAACAUUCCUGUCUUGGUACCAGCAAAGGUUGGGAGAUAAACCUCAACUCAUAUCAACUCGAAUGAAGCACAAAACAGUAGCUGACGUCUUCCCCCCUUACAAGGAAAGGUUUCAUGCCUCUUCACAAAGCCAAAGCAACAACCAUCUCACAAUCACCAAUGUUCGCCUGGAAGAUUCAGCGACAUAUUACUGUGGGAUUUUAGAGUUCAGCGCUAUCGAAUUUGGACAAGGAGUUUUCCUUCAUGUCAAAACGCCACAGUCCAACAUCCAAGCUGUUGUGCAUCAGUCAGAUCUGGAGCCACUUCGUUCAGGAGACUCUUUGAAACUGAACUGUACGGUGUUCAUUGAAUCACCAUGUGCCGGGGAGCAGAACCUCUACUGGUACAGACAUGGUGCAUCUCAGCCUGCAGUCAUGGACCCCAGUGCAGGACAGUGUACAAGUGUCUCAAAUAAAAAGCCUCACAUGAAACACUGCGCGUUAAGCCUUGCAAUAAAGUCUGUGAGCGCCUCUGAUGCAGGGAUGUACUACUGUGCUCUGCGCUCCUGUGGCGAGAUUGUUUUUGGAAAUGGAACGAGAGUAGACGUAGGCGAGUCUGUGAAAGUCCACCCUCUCCUGGUGCUUUGCUUGAAGGUGGGAUUGGCCGUUUCCAUUAUCAUGCUGCUUGUUUUGGCUUUCAUCAUGUACAAGUUGAAAAAGACGCUGUGCUCUGUCUGUAAAGGAACUGUUUCUCAUCGGACAUGUUCUGCAGCCUAUGACGCCAUGAGCCAAGAUCCAGACACUCUGCAUUAUGCUGCUCUGAGUCUGAAGAGGAGCACUGAAAGACAUCGUCAAGACGACAACAUGGAGACUGUUUGUGUAUACUCUAGAAUAAAGACAAGAAAAGAGUGAAGUAUGAGGACAUUCAGCCACUUCAGUAAAUUAGCUUCUUUCUUGUCAGUCACUGUUGUAAGAACACAACAAUUCACUAAAUGUAAACUAAAUACAAUGUAAAAUAAUGUUGAAAUAAAAAAUAUAUAUAUAUA